AUGUCGUUUCCAUGUGGAGGGGCUCCAGCGCCCGCAAGAGACUCAGAGCACAGCAGACGCAAGGUACUGCUGCCAGGUUUUCUUGCCUUCCUCCUCCUCCUCGUCGAGGUGCACCUCGUGAAAGUCACGUCAUCGUUGACAUUGGCAGUUUUCGGCAAUCUCAAGUCCAUCGUGACGAUCCUCUUUUCCAUCUUCGUCUUCGGCGAGAAGACGACGGCCCUGCAGUGGAGCGGACUGCUCCUGGCCCUGGCUGGAAUGCUCGUCUACGCGAGGCUGAAGAACCAGUCUGUGGCAGUAGACUCCUUGGCAUCGCUUCAAUACGAAGUCCUGCCACAGGACGAGGACACCUGGCCCGACCCCGCUGCGACAUGUGCAGCGGAGGAGCCACAGAAGGCGUCGGCAGGUCAAAGCCCUACCGUGCUUGGCGCCUCUGACCAAAGCGCACCGGGCCUGGAAGACUUCGCUACUUUUGACGAGGCCCUUGACGCGGACGCGAAGCCAGUGGGGGCUGAUCAGCCGACAGGUGCUGCAACUCCACGACAGGCGGAGUGA